UCUUCUAGUGCAAGGUUUUAGUGCGGUUGCAUUUUGAAACCGUACUGCAUUCUCCGAGCCUCUCCAAUAAGUCUAGCCUCUCCAAUAAGUCUAUCUCUUCUCAAUACACAACUGAUAAGUCAAUCAGGAUUGACCACGGCAAGGAGAAAUGGGAAGAUACGGGAUUGAAGUUGUCGAGGACGAUUAUAAGAUCAAAGCAGGCACCGUGCCAACCAGCGCCAUUGACCCCACGCGACCCCACCUUCCAGUUUCUUUAACCAACUCACGGCGAUACGGAAGUCAGGGAGGGAACACCAGAAGUACAAGCACCAUUACGAAGGAAGAAGAACUUCCAGGUGCAAGCACCGCAGAAGCAAAAGAGAUUUUAAGUACGAGCGCCGCGGUAGAAACGAAACAGAGCGUUCCUUCUAUAAACAUACAAGGUUGGUCGAAGGAUACCAUUAUCAAGUAUUUUCAUCUAAAGGACGGUUUCCUUGACAAGGCGGAUUUUCUUUGGGAAGAAAACUCAUCUUCUAGUUCGCUAGCUUCACUUGUGGAGGAGGCAAGUCGAGAGAACAUCAAUGUACCUUCUCGUCGAGAUGAGCCUGAAAGAGUGAUAGGAGAUCACAAGAAGAGGGGAUCGAAACGGCGCUUGAGAUCACCGUCGUCUUCAUCUGAACGUCACGUACCUCCUCACCUCUUCGCUGAGACACUUCCCUUUCAUAAAAAACAAUGCACUGAGGAAAGAAUCGUAGAAGUCAAAGAGAAGUUUGGAAGCGAGUGCUUGCUGGCACUACAACAACAAUCGGAAAGGCAGCCGGGGCAGUUAUUGCACGAAGGGAAGCCUGUGCACAAGGAUCAGAAACGAAAGCGUUCUUCAUGUUCGUCGUCAUUUUCACCUGUGUAUCACUCGACACCUAAGAAGGAACGGUGCGCUGGGAUGGCGGAAGCUGACGAGGUUUGUCAGCCGAUGCGCGAAAAGCAACUGAUGUGCGAGGAGCUGCGUACGCAACAGGAGCAGGAGCAGUCGAUGCGCGAAAAGCAACCUAUGUACGAGGAACAGCCGUUACCUUCGAACUACCCAGUAACAUUCGAAGAGCAGCCAAUGCGCAAGGAACAGCCAAUAAUGCUCGAGAAGCAUUUUGUGCCCGAGGAGCAGCAGCACGAGGGUCAGACAGUGCGCAACGAAACUCCAUCAAGCACGUUGCCCGACUCACCAGAAACUGUGAGAACCUGCCUUAGAAAUGUCAUUGAUGUUAGCGAUUUCCCAAGGAAUUUAUAUGAUCAAGUCGCCAAGGGCAUGCUCAGUAGCACCGAUCUGGAGCGAAUUACCUGUGAGUGUCUCCACGAAAUUCAAUUCGACAUGAGUGACCUUCAACAUAUGGCAAGAACAUCUCAACUGAACACAUCAUCUAACCAGGCCGAGGCUAUUCGCUCCCUAGCAGGGGUCCGCAUCGCUCAUAGGCUUCAGAAGAACUUGCUACUAAAAGAAUUGGCUGGGCUUCAGAAUGAGGUGCGCUUGAUCAAAGCCUUUAAAACCCGUGCGCCCACUGUUUCUAAUCAAGUACGGUGGGCUCUGAAUUAUGAGAAUUUGGAAAAAGUAUAUGUUUUGGAUCUCCGCAAGCCGUUCAAGAGUAUGAAUUUGAACUUGUUUUUGCACCAUCACGUACAGGUAGCGAAAGUAGCAAAGGAUGCCUUCGAUGAAAUUACCUGCUUCUUACGAUCGCUCUUUUCUCAGAUAUGCUACCCCGACCCAUCAGAGAUUUGGUAUUACUCACAUAGGGCAUACAGAGGCCUAUUAGAAUUACCGGGGACAAUCCUUCAUCCACUGAUUGAUUUCAUAGUGGAAGCAAGGGGGCUAGGUCAACGAGAGCUCAGUAGUUGGAGGUUUGAAGGUCUGAAGUGUUCUGAUAACGCGUUUUGGCUGAGCUUGGCCGAUUGUGAAGAGGAGCGAGAACGCGAAUUCAAACGUCUUCUGAAAGCCAAACUUAACUGGGUCCGAAUAUCGAAAUCGUGCAUAGCAAAAGCACUAGAGGAUGUUCGUGGCUAUUGCAUGUGUGAAGGACGCUUGGUCCCUGCAGUGAAUGGUGAUGAGGAUGGUCUGCGAUGGGCUGAUAAGAAAGCAAUGACACCUGAAGCGUGGAGACAACUGACACUGAGGGAGGCGGUGCCCUAG